AUGCAAAAUAUCGACGAACAAGAUAAAAAUAAAUAUAUCACAAAUGCCACCAACCCAUUUGUUAAAUUAUCAAAAACUGUUAGAGUUUGUUUAGGUGCUUGUGUAGGUUUAUCAAUCGCUGGUUUUGCAAAUACCCUCAACAAAAGACCAUUUAUGACUAGACCACAUCGUCAUUUAUUCUACAUGAUUGCUUGCAGUGCCUUUUUUUACAAAACUUAUGAUUUCAAUGAUUAUAUUGUAAAGAAAGAAUUAUAUGUUUUAUCACUUACACAAGAUAGAAUUAGAGAACAAGAACUUUUAAAGAAACGUAACUAUCAUUAA